UCUUAAGAGGGCUGAAGAAAACUGAGUCUGACAAUGGUUGUGGUUGUGAAAUCCGCAUUUCUUCAUUAUUCUGUCAUGAUGGUCCCCACCCACCUAUUGUUUGUCUGCCAGGUCUCUGUCCGGUUCUGUCUGUCACAUAAUUAAUGUUGCUGGGUGUAAAUUCAGGCGGUGGGGUAGGAUUGGUUAGAAAAUGUUGUUACACCAUGUUAGGGUUGGUGAGUAACAUUUUAGUGUAAUAACUGGGUAAGGUGCAGCUAAGAGAACUCAAAUGUCACUAUAUAAACUGGGCUCCAAAAGGAAGUUCUUUGGGAACCAGCUCCAGGACACGGCCCCAAGAUCACAGCUGCCAGACCUCAACACUUUGCCAAUGCCUCCGUGCAGAUGCUAGAGUCCCCCAGACGGCCUGAUCCUGACUGGCCUCUGCCUUAUUGGAAGUGCUCCUCUGGCCCCACAGGGCAGACCUAUGGGCACCCCAGCCUCUGUGGCAUGCGACCCCCUGCAGUGCCAGGUUCCUGAGGCCCGUGCCCGGAAAAGAGCUGCUGCCAACAUCUUCCAGGACGUGGGGCUGCUGCAGCUGCGGAGCCUGUUCAGGAGCAGCGGGGAUGAGCGGGCAGAGGAGCGUGCCCAGCUGCUCUGGGAGUACGGGGGCAACCGGCGCACGGCCCAAGCCCUGCGCCAGCUCAGGAGCAGGCAGAGGAGGUGGCAGCAGCCAUCCCAGCUGAGCCCAGCAGCUCAGGACAGCAGCGACCCAAGGCUAGAGGACUGCACCUCCCCCAGCGCAGACCCCGGCAGCAGCACGAGGCUGGAGGGGCCCAGCAGAGACAGGCAGCACCCUGGCCCCAGGAGGAAAAGUCCAAGGACCAGGUGGAGGAAGAGGGGGCCUGGGCCCACAGGGUACCUGCACCAGCUCCAGCAGUAAGCAGGGCAGCUGGCACUGGCCAGGCUCAGCCCCACAAACUGGCAGAGACACCGGGGUGUGUGUGAAUUCUGUCCCCCCAGCUAGAGCUGGGCCAAGCAGCUGCAGAUUCCCCCACCCCAUCCCCCAAAUGGUGAAGGGAGAGGGGAUCAGAGGGAGGGGUCCAUGGGGGGGAGUGAGCUGCACAUCCCUGGGGGGAGCAGCCAGCAGAGGACAGCUGCAGCCUGGGCUGUGAGGGGGCCUUUGCAUCCCCCCCCAACACUAACUGCUCAGAAGGCCCUUUGCUCAGGGGCCAGGGCCUCUGGGACCUGAGAGUUGCUGAGCCUUGGGAGUGACCCCAAGCAGGCAGCCCUUCCCCCACCCCCAGCCCAGCUGGGGGUAUGUGUGGGGCAAGUGCGUCACUCAGCCCCAGAGCUGCCCAAGUCCUAUAGAGGAGUCCCAGCCUCCUAGGGGCAGUCCCAAGCCUCAGCCCAAGGAAAACACUUGAUGCUUGUCGCAUACAGCAGGACAAACUGUGUAAUAAAAGCCUGCUCAGUGA